GUUCCGCCAUGCCAGCGGGGAGUAACGAGUCGGACAGCGUCCUCAGCUAUCAGAGACCAGAUGAAGAAGCUGUGGUGGACCAGGGCGGGACCAGUACAAUUCUCAAUAUUCACUAUGAGAAAGAAGAGUUGGAAGGCCAUAGGACUCUGUAUGUGGGGGUUCGGAUGCCACUGGGCCGGCAGAGCCAUCGACACCACCGAACUCAUGGCCAGAAGCACCGGAGACGAGGGCGAGCCAAAGGUGUCAGCCAAGGGGAGGAAGGCCAGGAGGCUCUGGCACACGACACACCAUCUCAGCGUGUCCAGUUCAUUCUUGGCACUGAGGAAGAUGAAGAGCAUGUGCCUCAUGAGCUGUUCACAGAGCUGGAUGAGAUCUGUAUGAAAGAGGGAGAAGAUGCUGAGUGGAAGGAAACAGCCAGGUGGCUGAAGUUUGAAGAAGAUGUUGAGGAUGGUGGAGAACGAUGGAGCAAGCCUUAUGUGGCAACCCUUUCGUUGCACAGUCUCUUUGAGCUACGAAGCUGCCUUAUUAAUGGAACAGUCCUUUUGGAUAUGCAUGCAAACAGCAUAGAAGAAAUUUCAGACCUGAUCCUGGACCAGCAAGAACUCUCCAGUGACCUGGAUGACAGCAUGAGGAUUAAAGUGCGGGAAGCCCUUCUCAAAAAGCAUCAUCAUCAGAAUGAGAAGAAGAGAAAUAACCUCAUUCCCAUUGUUCGCUCCUUUGCUGAGGUUGGCAAGAAGCAGUCGGAUCCACAUUCAAUGGAUAAAAAUGGUCAAACGUUGUCUCCUCAGUCUGUUCCAACUACAAAUCUUGAAGUAAAAAAUGGAGUGAAUUGUGAACACAGCCCUGUGGAUUUGAGCAAGGUAGACCUUCAUUUCAUGAAAAAAAUUCCCACUGGGGCAGAGGCCUCAAAUGUCCUGGUAGGAGAGGUGGCUACUCUGGACCGCCCCAUCAUUGCUUUUGUGAGACUGUCUCCAGCUGUUCUUCUCUCAGGCCUCACUGAAGUGCCAAUCCCAACAAGGUUUUUGUUUAUUUUAUUGGGCCCAGUAGGGAAAGGUCAGCAGUACCAUGAGAUUGGCAGAUCUAUGGCCACCAUCAUGACAGAUGAGAUUUUUCAUGAUGUGGCAUAUAAGGCAAAAGAGAGAGAUGACCUCCUGGCAGGGAUUGAUGAGUUCCUGGACCAGGUGACAGUACUCCCUCCAGGAGAAUGGGACCCCUCCAUUAGAAUUGAGCCACCCAAAAACGUCCCUUCCCAGGAGAAAAGGAAAAUGCCUGGAGUUCCAAAUGGAAACAUAUGCCACAUAGAACUGGAGCCACAUGGGGGCCACAGUGGGCCAGAACUUCAGCGUACCGGGCGGCUGUUUGGGGGCUUGGUGCUGGACAUCAAACGGAAGGCCCCCUGGUACUGGAGCGACUACCGGGAUGCACUCAGUUUGCAGUGUUUGGCCUCCUUUCUGUUCCUGUAUUGUGCCUGCAUGUCACCUGUCAUCACCUUUGGGGGACUGCUUGGAGAAGCCACCGAAGGACGCAUAAGUGCAAUUGAGUCCUUGUUCGGAGCCUCCAUGACUGGGAUUGCCUACUCCUUGUUUGCUGGGCAAGCUCUUACCAUCUUGGGAAGUACUGGACCAGUGCUUGUGUUUGAAAAGAUUUUGUUCAAAUUCUGCAAGGAUUAUGCUCUUUCAUACCUCUCUCUGCGAGCUUGUAUUGGACUGUGGACUGCCUUCCUGUGUAUUGUCCUUGUGGCAACUGAUGCCAGUUCCCUUGUCUGCUACAUUACCCGUUUCACUGAAGAAGCGUUUGCCUCCCUGAUCUGCAUUAUUUUCAUCUAUGAAGCAAUAGAAAAGCUUAUCCACCUGGCAGAGACCUACCCCAUUCACAUGCACAGCCAGCUGGACCACCUUAGCCUCUAUUACUGCAGGUGUAUUCCCCCAGAGAAUCCGAAUAACCAUACUCUGCAGUUCUGGAAGGACCAUGACAUCGUGGCAACGCAGAUCCAUUGGGCUAACCUGACUGUUAGUGAAUGCCAGGAGAUGCAUGGAGAGUUCACGGGAUCUGCAUGUGGCCAUCAUGGACCCUACACUCCUGAUGUGCUCUUUUGGUCUUGCAUUCUCUUUUUCACCACUUUCAUCCUCUCGAGCACCUUAAAGACGUUCAAGACGAGUCACUAUUUCCCAACCAAAGUACGCUCCAUGGUGAGUGACUUUGCAGUUUUCCUCACUAUAUUCACAAUGGUAAUAAUUGAUUUUUUGAUUGGAGUACCAUCACCAAAGCUGCAAGUUCCCAAUGUGUUCAAGCCAACAAGGGAUGAUCGGGGGUGGAUUAUUAGUCCCAUUGGCCCCAAUCCCUGGUGGACUGUGAUAGCUGCAAUUAUCCCAGCUCUUCUCUGCACAAUCUUAAUAUUCAUGGAUCAGCAGAUCACAGCUGUCAUCAUUAACAGGAAGGAACACAAGCUCAAGAAAGGCUGUGGCUAUCACCUGGACCUGCUGAUGGUGGCCAUCAUGCUAGGUGUCUGCUCCAUCAUGGGGCUCCCCUGGUUUGUGGCUGCAACUGUCCUGUCCAUCACACAUGUGAAUAGCCUCAAGCUGGAAUCUGAGUGCUCUGCUCCAGGAGAACAGCCCAAGUUCUUGGGCAUCCGAGAGCAGAGAGUGACAGGUCUUAUGAUCUUUGUGCUGAUGGGUUGCUCAGUCUUCAUGACGACCGUCUUAAAGUUUAUUCCGAUGCCAGUACUCUAUGGAGUCUUCCUCUAUAUGGGGGUCUCUUCACUCCAGGGAAUUCAGUUCUUUGACCGCCUGAAGCUCUUUGGGAUGCCUGCAAAACACCAGCCAGACUUCAUCUACCUGCGUCAUGUGCCACUACGCAAAGUGCACCUCUUCACCCUCAUCCAGCUGACCUGCCUUGUCCUGCUUUGGGUCAUCAAGGCCUCACCAGCAGCCAUUGUCUUUCCAAUGAUGGUUUUGGCCUUAGUCUUUGUAAGAAAAGUCAUGGAUCUCUGCUUCUCUAAGCGCGAGCUGAGCUGGUUAGAUGAUCUCAUGCCUGAAAGCAAAAAGAAGAAGUUGGAUGAUGCCAAAAAGAAGGCCAAGGAGGAAGAGGUCAUACUCCUUCUUGCACCAACUGUACACUUUGAGGCAGCCUCAAAUUACAGAACAUAG